AGAGCGGCCCAACCUGGCAGCGCGGAGUUGAGUUUUUUCGGGCGCGACGGGAUAAUCGUAGGUCCCUUUGAGCUGGUGGGGGCUCCAGGGGAGAGCGGGCCGGGCGCCUGGCGCUUGUUGGGUCUGCGCCUUUCCGGAGUCCCCCUACGGAGGCUGGGACCCUCUUCGCCCGGCGCCCGGUUCCCUCCGGCCGCCGGCCCGCUCCCGGAAGCCGCGGCAGCUGAUAACAAAGAGCCUGCCAGCUGCCUGCUGCCGGGGCUGAGGGACCAGGAGUCAGGUGGAGCGGCUGGGGGUGAGGGCGAGCCGAGCCAUGAGUCCGGGGUUCCAGCUCUGAGGGGCGCCCGAGGCGCUGGUGUGGGCCGGGAGGCCGGCGCCUCCUUUCUCGCCGCCCGUGCGGCUCCGGAGGCAGGUGCUUUUGCCCCCCUGGCCGCUUCCCCCGGCGGCGCCUGGCCCUCCGCCCCAGAAACGGCGCUCAGCCGGGCCAGCCGAGCUCCUGGAGUUCUCCGCGGGACUCGGAGGACCGCACUUCUCUCCAGACUGCCUUAAAGCUUUGUGUGAAGAAGCUAGGCAGACCUGACUGGAGUUAUUUUUUUUAUAUAUAAAGUUUUUCUAAACCUCCGUUUUUAGAAAUUUUUGCAGAGUUUGCAAUACUUUCUACCUCUUGGCAUCCUUUCUUCUGCUGGUGGAGUCUUUUUCCUCCUCGACUAUAAAACAUUUUUACGGUCAGCGGGGCAGACCAGGGAUGAACGUUUUGUAAUUGAAAAUUUGAUUGUUAAACCCACGUCAAGAUGGAUAAAAAGUCCUUUGAAACGGUGCUGGAUGAAAUAAGAAAGGCUGUUUUGACAGAAUACAAAUUAAAAGCAAUUGAAUAUGUUCAUGGAUACUUCUCUAGUGAACAGGUAGUUGAUUUACUGAGAUACUUUUCUUGGGCUGAGCCUCAAUUGAAAGCAAUGAAAGCAUUACAGCAUAAAAUGGUGGCUGUUCACCCAGCAGAAGUGGUCAAUAUACUCAACUGUUUCACCUUCAGUAAAGACAAAUUAGUUGCUCUUGAACUAUUAGCUUCAAACAUUGUUGAUGCACAGAAUUCUCGUCCUAUUGAAGAUUUAUUCAGGAUAAAUAUGUCUGAGAAGAAACGGUGCAAGAGAGUGCUUGAACAGGCUUUCAAAGGGGGCUGCAAAGCUCCUCAUGCUAUGAUAUCUUCUUGUGGAACGAUCCCAGGAAAUCCAUAUCCCAAAGGAAAACCGAGUCGCAUAAAUGGGAUAUUCCCAGGAACCCCUUUGAAGAAAGAUGGUGAAGAAUGUACCAACGACGGCAAAGGAAUAGCUGCGCGGAUUCUAGGACCAUCCAAACCACCUCCUUCAACAUACAAUCCACACAAACCUGUUCCCUACCCAAUACCGCCGUGUCGACCCCAUGCAACCAUCGCACCAAGUGCUUAUAACAAUGCAGGUCUGGUACCGUUAGCCAAUGUGAUAGCUCCAGGCGUACCCCCUCCACCUCCGUAUACUCCCAAUCCCGCUGGACCAGAGAACGAAGACCUGUCCAAUCAGACAAAAUCUACACAGAGUCAAACAUUUUCCACCCCAGCAAAUCCGCUCUUUUCUCCUCAUGGUUCUAAUCCUUCCACACCCGCUGCUACCCCGGUCCCUACUGCGUCCCCGGUCAAGGUGGUCACUCACACCUCCGCAUCUGCAGCCACCACUGUUUCUGGGAUGAACCCUCCCAAUGCCGUCCUUCCUGUGUUCCCAGGGCAGGUCUCUGCCGCUGUUCUUACACCUCAGCCAUCAACACCAAACCCCACAGUGAUCAGAACCCCUUCGCUGCCUGCCGCACCUGUUACUUCUGUCCAUAGUACAACAUCCACUCCUGUUCCUUCCAUUUUUUCUGGCCUGGUGCCAUUGCCAGGUCCUGCUGCUGCUCCUACCCCAGCCCCUCAGGCCACGCCUGCUCCACGGGCCACGCUUACUUCGAGUGAGACGUUUGCUUCCACUUUCUCCACCACCUCUACCGCUGCCUCCACCAGCAGCCAGACUCCGGCUCCUCUACCGUCGGGGUUUGCGGGUCUCCCUUUGCCCUUGCCCCCAGCCUCCCAGGGUGUGGCCAACCCGCCCCCUUCUGUGAUUGCCAGGGGCUCUGCUCCCAGCAUCACUGGUCCACUUGGUGUGGACAGUCCUCUCUUGUCUGCUCUGAAAGGCUUUCUAACAUCAAAUGAUACCAAUUUAAUCAACUCCUCUGCUUUAGCCUCUCCUGGGCUGGCUUCGUUGUCUUCUCUAACUAAUCAAAACUCUGACUCUCCUGCUUCAGCCCCUAACAAGUGCUACGCGCCCCCGGCCCUUCCCACCCCUCGGAGUUCUGCUUCGGGCUUGGCCAUGUUCCCAGGCCUGCCAUCUCUUGUGACCAACUCGACGUCCGCGCCCCCUGCCUUGCCUGUGCAGUCUCCUCUAGCUACUCCGACGUCUUCCUCAGCGUCAGUGCCGGCGAGCUGUGGCUCCUCAGCUGCUCUCUUGCACGGCCCCCACUUGGGGGCCUCGGACCUGCACAUUUCAGCUACCCCUGCUGUGACGACUCUUCCCGUUAUGAUCAAAACUGAGCCCACGAGUCCUACUCCCUCAGCCUUCAAAGGCCCGUCUCAUCCCAUGAAUCCCUCCCACGGCACUUUAGGUUUGUCAGGGACAUUGGGCCGCACGUAUCCGCCAGCGUCAGUGCCCAUCAGUUUAUCUACCUGCCUUAACCCCGCACUGUCGGGUCUGUCCAGUUUGAGUACUCCCUUAAAUGGUUCAAAUCCCCUUUCUUCGAUUUCCCUCCCACCACAUGCUUCCUCCACCCCCAUUGCUCCCGUAUUCACUGCUCUUCCUCCCUUUACUUCUUUGACCAAUAAUUUCCCUUUAACUGGCAGCCCAUCUCUUAAUACAGCAGUAUCCCUUCCAGGGUCAUUAGUAGCCACCUCAUCAAGCGCCACCCCCACCUCCACGUCUCAACCCAGCUCCACAGCAGCUGUGCUCUCAGGGCUCUCCGCCUCGGCUCCCGUCUCGGCAGCACCCUUCCCCCUCAACCUGUCCACAGCUGUCCCCUCACUCUUCUCAGUUACCCAGGGUCCACUGCCAUCCUCAAAUCCCUCCUACGCUGGCUUCUCUGUCUCCAAUACGCCCAGUGUUACCCCUGCUGUCCCUUCGUUCCCGGGGCUGCAGGCACCCACUACAGUCGCAGCUGUCACACCCCUCCCGGUGGCUGCCACAGCCCCAUCCCCAGCUCCCGUCCUCCCAGGGUUCGCCUCAGCAUUCAGUUCCAACUUCAACUCUGCUCUCGUUGCACAAGCCGGUUUAUCGUCUGGACUUCAGGCUGCAGGCGGUUCUGUUUUUCCAGGCCUUUUGUCCCUCCCGGGCAUCCCUGGGUUUUCCCAGAGCCCUUCCCAGUCAUCCUUACAGGAAUUCCAACACAGCGCAGCUGCACAGUCAGCAUUGUUACAGCAGGUCCAUUCUGCUUCGGCUCUGGAAAGCUACCCAGCUCAGCCUGAUGGGUUUCCUAGUUACCCUUCAGCACCAGGAACACCAUUUUCUUUGCAACCAGGCCUGUCUCAAAGUGGGUGGCAGUGAAUAUUUUUUAAUUUUUAUUCUUCAGAGCAACAUUAGAAUUGCCUAAGGACUGCAGUGGACAAUCUGACAAAUGUGAAGUUUACCAAAAGUCAGAAUGAGAGUGAGGAAAAUCCUGGGGAAAUUGUGAUAUGAGUUUGAAAAUCGUGGUUGCAUUUUUUAAAAUGGUUUUAAUUAUGAACACUCCCCUAUGUAAAUAUGCUGACAUUAAAUUGUAUGGAGAAUAUAGUAUU